GUGCAGCCAGGGGCAGAGGGGCUUUGCCUCGGUCGCCCACCCGCCCGCAAGGAGCCCUGCAGAACAGCAUCUCCCUCAGCCUCCGCGAGGAGGGAGUUUCAGCGCGUAGGCGGAGGUGGUUACUGGUGUUCCCAGAGCAAGGGUGAGUAGCCAAGAGGAGCGGGGUGGCUGCUGUCUCGGUCUGGGUGCCUGUCAGCCAUGCAGGAGGAAGGCCCUUGCGUGGCCGAGGUGAAGGGGAGUGGGCAGGAGAAGAGCGGCCACGGGCACAGGUGGGUGCGGACCCCUGGAGCGGCGUGGGCACCUCAGGGGACCGAGACCCUAGGCAGGCUUCGCCUGACAGGCAGAGGGCCGGGCAGGCGGUCGGUCUGCACAAUCUUUGCGGGGUGGGAGCUGCGCAGAGCCUGACCGGGCCUCCCCAGCCGGUGGCUACAAGCCAGGGGGGCUGCCCAGCCGUGGGGCUGCAGCUCCCUGCUUCUCAAGGCCUCCAGCAUAGUCGAAUAGCAAAAAAAAAAAAAAAAAAAAAAAAAAAAAAAAAAAAUCAGUGUAGCAGCCAAGUCGGUGCUGCGAGGAGGGGGCAAAGGAACUAUUUUGUAAGCAUCUUGCUGCUGCAGAAAUAGAUUUCUUGAGGGGAGGGAGGCGCGUUUGUGGGUACUCUAUAGUAAUGCUGCUCAGAGCACAGAAAAUGCCACUUGGGCGGCCCCAGAUGGAACGAGGAGUGGAGAGGGCAGAUGGGAGAAGCCCUUGAUCGGGCACCCCAUGGCCGUGGGCAUGAGGGGGCAGAUGUGACUUGUGUGAGUAGCCACCCCUCGUCUGGGGGAGCGGAGGGGUAGCAGCCCGGGUUAGCAGCCUGUCUCCCAGGGCUGUGGCCGAGCCUGCCUGGUGCUGCAAGAGAGAUCCUAUGAGGAUUUUUAUUGCGGUGUCUUUGUUAGCUAUAGACAGGCGCGCAUACACAGCUCUCAGCCAGGUUGUGGGAGGUAAGUGGGGGAGGCGAGCAAGGGAGCAUGUGAGGGGGCUCUGGGGAGCAGGGGCUGCGUGGGCCGGGCAAGAGGGGAGCCGGGGCACAGGGCUGUGCCGGCCCCACGCCACACAAAAAACAGCCCCUGCGAUUUUCAGGGUCUUGUUGGCAACUCAGCGAGGGUUGCCAUAGCUUUUUAUGUAGGGUGACCAGAACCGGCUGGAACUGGUUUGAGGCAGAUCAGCUCCUGAACACAAUGCAGUCACUGAGCUACUACACUGGGAUAGCUUCCUCCCUUCAUGGCAGCCAAAAGCAGAGGAGCUUGCAGAAAGAUAUCAUCCCAAAACAGUAUGUGAAUGCACACUUUAGACACACAGCACUGGCCUAUUGACUUGGGCUGCCUUUAACUCUUUGGUGUUUGCCGAGGUAAUGCGACACUGGCGGUAACUGAGCACUGGCUAAAAAAAUCUCUCAAAGGUCAAGGUUCACAAGUCCUGGCUGUGUUAGCUGGUUUGGUAAUCUACAAUCAAGGUAAUAUGGAGGCAGAACAUUGGAAAUACUCUGUUAUGGUGUGAAAUGAGGGUCCUUUCCUCUGUGCUCAGCAGAAUAGACAGUCCUAAAAGCCUUGAGAGGUUGUGGAUACUGGAUUUGCUUGCAAUCAAAUACAUGGCCAUGGGGGAUAUGAAGACCCCAGAUUUUGAUGACCUUCUUGCAGCCUUUGACAUACCAGACAUGGUAGAUCCCAAAGCAGCUAUUGAAUCUGGACAUGAUGACCACGACAGCCACAUAAAACAAAAUGCUCACGCAGAUGAAGACUCCCAUGUCCCAUCAUCAUCUGAUGUUGGGGUGAGCGUCAUCGUGAAAAAUGUGCGUACUAUUGAUUCUUCCGAAGGUCUGGAUAAGGAUGGCCACCAUUCCACAGGCAAUAGCUUGCACAAUGGCUUCCUAACAUCAGCAGCUCUUGAGAGUUACAGUAAAGAUGAAGGGAAAUCACUUAGAGAUGAUGGGUCAGCUUCUGAGACUACACUGAAGGAUUCAGCUUUCAACCAGUUCAGCCCAAUAUCAAGUGCAGAAGAAUUUGAUGAUGAUGAGAGAAUUGAGGUGGAUGACCCCCCAGAUAAAGAGGAGAUAUGUGCAAAUUUCAGAGCAAAUGUCUUGGCAGGAUCUCUGUCUCAGCAGGAAUAUGACAAACUAAAGGCACUUGGAGGGGAGAACUUAAAUAAAUCUGGAAUCACUGUUUCAAGUAGUAUAGAUAAAAAUAAAACUGCUAAACAAGAGACAAACUCCAUGAAUUUAGGUGUCUAUGAGCCUUUUAAAACUCGAAAAACAGAGGACAAAUUACUAAAAGACCAUUCUGAGAAGCUUCUUGAAAACAGGGUUCUUGAUGGAAAACUGAGUCCUGAAAAAUGUGGCACAAAUCUUGCCAGCAUUUCCCAGUCCAAAGCCAAGUCAUCAGCAAAGCUUUCAUCCUGCAUUGCUGCAAUCGCAGCACUGAGUGCUAAAAAGGCAGCUACAGAUAGCAGUAAAGAUUUACAGUCUAAUUCAGGAGAGUCUUCUCCAUUACCAAAAGACAUGAGUGAAAGUCCCCGGGCUAUAGAAAAAUCUCCUGAGUCUCAGAGUCUCAUUGAUGGUGCUAAGAAGCCAUAUGUCAAACCACCUGAUAGUCCCAGAAGCGUCUCAAGUGAGAACAGUAGCAAAGGGUCUCCAUCUUCUCUUGCAGAGUCAACACCAGCAAUUCCUAAGGUUCGCAUAAAAACCAUCAAGACUUCUUCAGGGGAGAUCAAGAGAACUGUUACUAGAGUGUUGCCAGAAGUUGAUUUGGACUCUGGUAAAAAGCCAGAGCAGAGUGCUUCCAUGGUAACCUCCAUGACAUCUCUCCUGUCCUCACCAACUUCCGCUGCUGUUCUCUCCUCUCCUCCCAGAGCUCCUCUGCAGUCCUCAGUUGUCACCAAUGCAGUUGGAUCUGCAGAACUUGCCCCCAAACAGGUCACUAUCAAACCCGUGGCUACUGCCUUCUUGCCUGUUUCAGCAGUGAAAACAGCAGGUUCCCAAGUGAUCAAUCUGAAGUUGGCUAACAACACCACAGUGAAAGCCACUGUCAUCUCUGCCACAUCUGUGCAGAGUGCCAGCAGCGCCAUUAUCAAAGCUGCCAACGCCAUCCAGCAGCAGACGGUUGUGGUGCCAGCAUCGAGCCUUGCCAGUGCCAAACUUGUGCCAAAGACAGUCCAUCUUGCCAACCUUAACCUUUUGCCUCAGGGUGCUCAAACCACCUCUGAACUGCGCCAAGUGCUAACAAAACCCCAACAGCAAAUCAAGCAGGCAAUAAUUUCUGCAGCCGCCUCCCAGCCUUCAAAAAAGGUGUCUCGAGUGCAGGUGGUGUCAUCUCUACAGAGCUCUGUAGUGGAAGCAUUCAAUAAGGUGCUGAGCAGUGUCAAUCCCGUACCAGUUUACAUCCCAAAUCUUAGCCCCCCUGCCAAUGCCGGAAUCAUGCUACCAACACGAGGUUACAAGUGUUUGGAGUGUGGCGACUCGUUUGCUCUUGAGAAGAGCCUGACCCAGCAUUAUGACAGGAGGAGUGUGCGAAUUGAAGUGACUUGUAAUCAUUGUACAAAGAAUUUAGUUUUCUACAAUAAAUGUAGUCUCCUGUCCCAUGCUCGUGGGCACAAGGAGAAAGGUGUCGUGAUGCAGUGCUCCCACCUGAUCCUAAAACCAGUCCCAGCAGAUCAAAUGAUAGCAUCUCCUUCCAGCAAUACUGCCGCGACCGUGCUCCAGAGCCCAGGGGGAGCUGGCAUGCACUCGGUAACAAAGAUCCAGACUGGCUUAACUGGGACAGUGAUCUCGGCCCCUGCAAGCUCUCCUGUCAUUCCAGCUAUGCCGCUAGAUGAAGAUCCAUUGAAACUCUGUAGACAUAGUCUAAAGUGUUUGGAAUGCAAUGAAGUUUUCCAAGAUGAGACAUCUCUUGCAACUCAUUUCCAGCAGGCCGCAGACACAAGUGGACAAAAGACAUGCAAUAUCUGCCAGAUGCUGCUUCCUAACCAGUGCAGUUUUGCAUCACACCAGAGAAUUCAUCAGCAUAAAUCUCCAUACACGUGUCCUGAAUGUGGAGCAAUCUGCAGAUCUGUCCACUUCCAGACCCAUGUCACUAAGAACUGCCUGCAUUAUACCCGAAGAGUUGGGUUUCGCUGCGUGCACUGCAAUGUUGUGUACUCUGACGUGGCGGCACUCAAGUCUCAUAUUCAAGGUUGUCACUGUGAAGUCUUUUACAAGUGUCCUAUCUGUCCCAUGGCAUUUAAAUCUGCUCCCAGCACACACUCCCAUACCUACACACAACACCCGGGUAUCAAGAUAGGCGAACCAAAAAUAAUAUAUAAAUGCUCUAUGUGUGACACUGUGUUUACUCUACAACCUUUGCUCUAUCGCCACUUUGAUCAGCACAUUGAAAACCAGAAGGUGUCUGUUUUCAAGUGUCCAGACUGUUCUCUUCUAUAUGCACAGAAACAGCUUAUGAUGGAUCAUAUCAAGUCUAUGCAUGGAACUUUGAAAAGUGUUGAGGGGCCACCAAACCUGGGGAUAAAUCUGCCUCUCAGUACUAAACCCACAACUCAAAACUCAGCCAGUCACAACAAAGAUGACACAGGAUCUGUCAACGGAACAAAAAAGUUGGAGAAGAAAUCUCCUUCUCCCAUAAAGAAAGCAGAACCUAAAAAAGUCGCUAGUCCUGGCUGGACCUGCUGGGAGUGUGACAGGCUCUUCACUCAGAGAGAUGUUUACAUCUCCCACAUGAGGAAAGAACAUGGAAAGCAAAUGAAGAAACAUCCUUGUCGGCAAUGUGACAAAUCUUUCAGUUCAUCCCAUAGUUUAUGUCGGCACAAUCGUAUCAAGCACAAAGGCAUUAGGAAGGUUUAUACGUGCUCGCACUGCCCAGAUUCAAGACGUACUUUUACCAAAAGGUUGAUGUUGGAAAAACAUAUUCAGUUGAUGCAUGGCAUUAAAGACCCUGAUGUGAAAGAAAUUACUGAAUCUACUAAUAUGGAAGAAAGGGAAGUAAAAGAAGACACAAAGGUUCCUAUUCCAAAGCGUAAAUUGGAAGAACCUGUAAAGGAGUUCAGACCUCCACGAGGUGCAAUCAUUCAGCCAUUAAAGAAGCUGAAGAUAAAUGUUUUUAAAGUUCACAAGUGUGCAGUUUGUGGCUUUACAACAGAAAAUCUUCUCCAGUUUCAUGAACAUAUUCCUCAGCAUAAAUCUGAUGGCUCUUCAUACCAAUGCAGGGAAUGUGGACUCUGCUACACAUCUCACGUGUCCCUUUCCAGACACCUCUUCAUUGUACAUAAGCUGAAGGAGCCUCAGCCAGUAUCAAAACAGAAUGGGUCUGGGGAGGAUAAUCAGCAAGAAAACAAACUCAGUCAUGAGGAUGACUCGUCCGACAGCGUGGCAUCGGACAGAAGAUGCAAAGUGUGUGCAAAGACUUUUGAAACUGAAGCGGCCUUAAACACUCACAUGAGAACACAUGGCAUGGCCUUUAUCAAGUCCAAAAGAAUGAGUUCAGCUGAGAAGUGAUCAGAUUGUUUGGGAUGCAGAAAUCUCGCUCCACAUUGGAAUACUAAUGACAUUUUUGCUACAGAAAAUUCAAGGUAUAAUAGUGUUAACAGUACUGUUCAGGCUGUUGCAAUAUAUUCUGUAUAAAAGUGUCCCCUUCACCUCAUUGUCUAUACCCUCAGAACCAUUGAAGCAGUAUUUGAGUUGAAAAGAGUUUGUAUAUAUGUAAACUAAUAAUUUUUAUACUCUUUUGUUAUGUGUUUGUAUCAGUAACUAGUGGAAAAAUUGGUUUUUUUCUGUUUUGUUUCUGUUCUUUUGUAGCAAGUUUCUUUAAAACAGAGUUCUGAAUGCUGGGACAGUUCCUUAGGUUCUCUUAAACUAUUUGGUUUUUGAAUGCUUCUGAAAGAAAGUUUAGCUAAUGGAAGUGCAUCAGGAGGAGGUGCUAGGAGGGGAGAGGAGAGAGGAAGCAAGAUAAGGGGAGAUUUUAAAUUCUAAAGAACUUGGGUUUCCAAAUGUCUAAGGAAGCUUUUAAACUUUUUCUUACAAAAUACAUUAUAAAAAAAAAAAAAAAAAAAGUACCACUGCAUGUGUAAAAUGAAGAGCUGGUUUUUAUGUGGCAACACCAGAACAGGUGCAGACCUCCUGUUCCUAUACUCCUUUUGAAGAGUAUAAAUGCACAACUCUGAGUAUCAUGAGUGAUUUUUUAGGUCAUCAGGUGCUUGUGAUCAAAGCUCAAAUUGUUACCAAAGGGCUGGGCUGCUCUGGAUUUAAGAAAUAAGAUGUAAUUAGAGGAAUAGGUUUAUAAUGAUGAUUUUUUUGUCAUGUAAUUUAUUAAACAUAUAGAAGUGAGUACACAGCAUUAUUUAUUUUCCUUGCUGGUUAUUGAAAGGAAAUAGUUGACUUUUGCUACAGGGGUUGGGAUUUGCCAGCUCCACAUGAUCAUGCCAAAUGUUCUGGUGCUCAGUGUCACACACAGCCACAACUGCGAAGGAGCCAGCCCCAGCCAGGAGUGGGACUGGGUCCUGCAGCUUUAGCACAGGCCCUGCAAAGCUCGGCCAGACAUUGCAAACUCCUGUCCAGCACCACUGGUUUUGCUUGCUCAAGUACAAAAAGGUACCAUACUCUCCCUUUCAGAUAGAGUUCUCUGUGAGAGUAUAUUUUUAGUUUGUUUUGCAUUUUAUACCUUGUAUGUAACCCUACAAAAAAAAUUUUGUACUUUUUUUUUAAACAAAUUGUGUAUAUAUAGAUAGCUGCAUGAUAAACAGUAGUAAUUGUUGGGUUCCUUAAAAGCCUUGCUGCUGUCAGAUGUUACUAUACAUUAUGUCCAUUACAACUGUAUUAAACACAUUUCAUAUGUAAAUAAAUGGGGAGCAUUUUGCCCCAAAAGAUU